CAGAUUGAAGAAUUGUUUUCAAAUGUAGGUUAAACUGAGUAGUUAUUAUAAAGAUUCAAUUUUUAGCAUAAAAAGUUAUUUUACUAAAGGACCAUGUAUGACACAUGUCAUCCUAGUUAUUAUGAUAUUGGAAAACUGGGCUGCACUGAUUCUGUAAAAAUUAAUACAACAUUUUACGUUUAUAUUGAACUAUGUGAAGCAAAAAGAUACUGGGAAGUCAAUUACAAAUAUAAUAAAGAUUUAGACUUGUUAUAUUUAGAAGUAAAACGAAAUAAAAAUUCUCAGAUAGAGAUAUAUGUACCUUGGUCAACGUCGUUUAAUAUUUCUCUUGAUGAGAUAGAAAAAAUACAAGAAGGUUUGGAUGUCGAACAGAUAACAUUUGUUUUUAAACUCGAAGACAGUACAAGCAUUAUUUAUAAAGCUAGCAAAGGUCUUAUAAAACCUGUGGAUCCUGAAACAACUAAAUUACUGAAAGAGAAAGAAGAAAAAAAGCUAAAUUUAGAAAAGGAAGUACGAAAAAAUACUUCCCAUUUAUAUGAAUUGGCAAAAUCUUUAAACACAAAAGAAACAGAUAACCAUGUAAACAAUGCUGAUGUAAAUAAUAGCAAUAAAACCAUGAAUGAAUAA